UAAGCCAUAACUGUUCGUUUCGAUAAAGUUAUCUAGCUGUUUUCGGAUUUGAUUAAAUAGCGUUAAUACAUUUUAAAGUUUUCUGAGGAAUUUUAAUAAAGUCUUUACACAAUGUCGGAGGCAUCCGAUACACCAUUCAGUACUGUUGAAAUUGACAACGAGAAUAGAGAUGAAGAAGAUCUCUUCGCUUCGGCGGUCCAGGAGGUCAGUCUCGAUCCUGAUGUGAAUGGUGCUCAAGAUAUUUUAGAAAAGGCAACUUUAGGGGAUAUCACAUCAUCUACGGCAAUGAUCAACAGUCCUGUUAUGGAGGAGAUAGCAACAGAGCGUGCCAAUAAUAUAAUCAUAACGGUCACAGAGCCGCAAAAAAUCGGAGAAGGCAUGAGUUCAUAUGUAGCUUACCGUGUACUCACAAAAACGAAUAUGCCAAUAUUUAGUCGUCAUGAAUUUGCAGUACUCCGAAGAUUUUCAGACUUCCUAGGCCUUCAUGAAAAAUUAACUGAAAAAUAUCUACGUUCUGGUAGAAUAAUACCACCAGCGCCAGAAAAGAGUAUUGUCGGUACAACAAAACUAAAAAUGACAUCGACUCCUUCAACUGAAAGUGCAAAUGGCAACACAACGGCCGGCAUGCAGUCUCAAUUCGUGGAGCGAAGGCGAGCCGCGUUAGAAAGGUUCCUAAACCGCGUGGCACAACACCCAGUACUCUGCAUCGACCCCGAUUUUAGGGAGUUCUUAGAGUCCGAUACGGAGCUUCCUAAGGCAACAAGCACAUCUGCUCUAAGUGGCGCGGGAAUGUUGCGUCUGUUCAACAAAGUGGGCGAGACUGUCAACAAGAUCACGUAUAGGAUGGAUGAGUCUGAUCCGUGGUUCGAGGAGCGGGUCGCCCGCAUUGAGUCUCUGGAGAGUGGGCUCCGACGGCUGUGCGGCGCGUGCGAGGCGCUGGCGGGCGAGCGGCGCGAGCUGGCGGCGCGCGCUCACGACGCGGCGCGCGCCAUCGCCGCCGCCGCCGCCGCAGACCCGCACGCGCCGCUGUCGCGCGCGCUCUCGCACUUGUCAGACCUGCACGAAAAGAUUGAACAUUUAAGGAAUGAACAAGCCAACACAGAUUUCUAUGUACUGACAGAACACAUUAAAGACUACCUCGGACUGAUCGGAGCUAUUAAAGACGUCUUUCAUGAAAGAGUCAAGGUAUUUCAAAACUGGCAACACGCACAGAUGCAGCUUACGAAGCGAAGAGAGAAUAAGGCUAAAGCGGAACUAGCCAACAGACCUGAAAAAAUGGAACAAGCAGCUAAUGAAAUUAUUGAGUGGGAGGCGAAAGUCGAGCGAGGACAGCAAGAGUUCGACACGAUCUCACGCGUCAUCAAGAAGGAGCUAGAGCGCUGGGAGGAGCUGCGGCUGUCCGAGCUGCGCGCCACGCUGCUGCGCUACCUGCACGACCACAUGCAGCACGAGGCGCAGGCAAUCCGUUACUGGGACGCAUUCCUACCGGAGGCACGAGCAAUCAAAUGA